GAACACCAUGCAAAUACAGUGUUUGACCCACUUUCGCCUUCAGAACUGCCUUAAUUCUUCGUGGCACUGAUUCAACAAGCUGCUGAAAGCAUUCUUUAGAAAUGUUGGCCCAUAUUGAUAAGAUAGCAUCUUGCAGUUGAUGGAGAUGUGUGGGAUGUACAUCCAGGGCACAAAGCUCCCGUUCCACCACAUCCCAAAGAUGCUCUAUCGGGUUGAGAUCUGGUGACUAUGGGGGCCGUUGUAGUACAGUGAACUCAUCUUCAUGUUCAAGAAACCAAUUUGAAAUGAUUGGAGCUUUAUGACAUGGUGCAUUAUCCUGCUGGAAGUAGCCAUCAGAGGAUGGGUGCAUGGUGGUCAUGAAGGGAUGGACAUGGUCAGAAACAAUGCUCAGGUAGCCCGUGGCAUUUAAACCAUGCCAAAUUGGCACUGAGGGGCCUAAAGCGUGCCAAGAAAACAUCCCCCACACCAUAACACCACCACCACCUUCAUGGAUGGAUCCAUGUUCUCAUUCUGUUUACGCCAAAUUCUGACUCUACCGUUUGAAUAUCUCAACAGAAAUCGAGACUCAUCAGACCAGGCAACAUUUUCCAGUCUUCAACUGUCCAAUUUGGUGAGCUUGUGCAAAUUGUAGCCUCUUUUUCCUAUUUGUAGUGGAGAUGAGUGGUAUCCGGUGGGGUCUUCUGCUGUUGUAGCCCAUCCUCCUCAAGGUUGUGCGUGUCGUGGCUUCACAAGUGCUUUGCUGCAUUCCUCGGUUGUAACGAGUGGUUAUCUCAGUCAAAGUUGCUCUUCUAUCAGCUUGAAUCAGUCGGCCCAUUCUCCUCUGACCUCUAGCAUCAACAAGGCAUUUUCGCCCACAGGACUGCCGCAUAUUGGGUGUUUUUCCCUUUUCACACCAUUCUUUGUAAACUCCAAAAACAUCUCUGUGAAUGCAUGUGCGUAUCUCCCUUGUGGAGCGGACGGAGAAGUAUAAAUCAGGCGUAAUGCUGUGACACAAACAAUGAGAAUACUUCAGAAACUGAAGAAGAUACUCAUCUUGGCUUUUCUGUCUUUAAAGCCUUGAACAAUUCUUGAUUAGAUGUCAAUUCCAUCUGAGGAGUGGAGAAAUAUCUGGAUCAGACACCUGAGGGACGUAGGGAGUGCAUAGCAGCAAGGAAACCUUCAUGAAACAUGAAAUAUAGUAUUUAUUUUGUAGAUGUGACUGCUUUAACUCUCUAAGCAGAGGAAACAUUAUUCAGUUCCUGGUCCACUUUCUCUGGUGUCAUUUAGACAUCAUGUAUAAAAAUGAUUGUUGUUCAUUCAGAAAGAUCUAAAUUAAGGCAGUUUUUCUUGUGUUGGCAACACAGUCUAGCAACACAACGCGGUUAUGUCACUAAAAAAAGAAGAUGGUUAAAUGCAGUUAAAAUAUUGUGAGUCAAAUAAAUAAGAAGUACUUUAAUUUUGAGGAUCAAAGAACAUUUACCUCAUAAAACGGGUUGAUGGAUUUCUGGGUGGUCCUCCACAUUAAGGUGCUUUUAUUCUGAGCACUGGUUUCUCAUAACUCACAUUUGUGAGCUUCGUUCUAAAAAUAGGUUGUAGUUUUUAAAACUGGUAUAGUUACUUUUAAAGAUGUUAAACACUCAUUUAGUCAGUACAUUUGCAGUGAUCUAGUAGGAAUGAAUGCCUUGUAAGUCGUACUCUGGGGAAGAAAAACAUUGGUGCACCAUUUCCAGGAACUAGAAGUGACCCACAUCACAGCUGAGCCCAGACGGCGGGUUUUAGGGUCGUAUUUCCUGAUGUUUGCACAUUUUUCCUCGGACUGGAUAACAGUAAUGCGACUCUACCGCUAUGUUUUAGCUCCACAAAUGGCACAAGCCUAGAGGAGUUCUGCCGUGUGGUGAAGUUGCUAAUGCUAACGAUUACUUCUGCUAGUUGAGAUAUUCUCCGCUGUUUGCUGGACACUAAACCAACUACAGCCUUCCACGCUGUGAGUCAAGAUGGGUGAGCUCAUGAAUGUUUGGUGACAGUGUGACGCAGAUCUGUCUGGAUUUUCAAAUCCUAGAGUUUCACCGUUUUAGAAUCCACAUUAAUUUUGGGACUGGUCCUGAAGAUAUCAUCACCCUGAGGGAAAGCCGAGUUAAUUACCCCCCACUCUUACUUCCUGUCCUCCUGCCGCUAUGAGGUGGUAAUGUGACUCAGAGUUACAGAGUCAAGUGUUGUAUAGGCCUGCCUUCUUUCAAAUCGGCACAAUGCCCUGUGGGAAAAUAAAGCCUUACAAGGGACACACUUCUGAAAACGACAAAGUCCACAUUCUGGACAAAGAAGAUAGAUGGUUUGAGAGAGGAGUAAAUGAAGCUGUCUAUGACUACGUUUACAUGCAGCCAAUAUCCGGGUUAUGAUCGGGUUAAGGUCGGUAUUCGGGUUUCUGAGUUGAUCAGAAUAACCCGUUUACAAGCAUAAAUAGAAAGAGUUACCUCUAACUUGCAUAACCCGAUUUAAAUGCGGACGUUGGGGUAGCGUCAGGACGUAUGGACUACGUCCAGAUGCAAUAUGCAUCAUUUCCGGUUCUUCCUGUUCCGGUAUCCGUGAAAACAACAACGUGUUUCCCAGUUCGGAAGAGAUAGCGACCGCGUUUGUUAGCGCUUUAGUUUCCUCGUCACUCCGAAAGUGUGGUGCUGUGCUGCGACUCGCCAUGUUGCUCCCAACUUGUUGUUUACUUCCGGUGUUCUGGCGCAUACAAGACGUCUCGCUACUCAAAAGACCAAGAUUCCUUGCGAACAGAGCAUGCGCAGAACACACGCUUUGAUGGGGAUAUCCCGGUAUGCGUUUACACAACCAAACAUUCGGGUUAGAAAAGGGUUACCCCAGGUGUAGUAACCGGGUUUUAAAAACCCGGUUAUGAGCAUAUCCGAGUUUCUGGCGGUGUUUACAUGGACCUGCGGAACUGGGUUAUUGUGAAUAUUCGAGUUUUAAAAGGGUUACUGGCUGCAUGUAAACGCACUGUAUGUCAAACGUGAAAACCCGACUUUAAAUAGGGGAGGGGGGGCUUGAAUUUCACCUUUCCAGUACCUAUAAUGCAGCUUUGAAUCUCAUUACUAAGCAGUUUCAGUCGAGGUCACACCUUCCUGCAUCUAAUCAACACAACGACUCCCUCUCAAUAGAGGCCAACGACUCAUCAGGGGAUGGAGAGGAGGGGUACUCCGAGUAGUUUCUGCUCGUUAAAUAACAGACAGCUACAGCUGAUAAGCUUCACUUUCCCAUAUUCUAGUUAGAAUGGAUAAAGCUCCUUGGAUGAGAGUCUUCAAGAAACCAAAGAAGUCCAGUUGCCUUCAUUUGAAACCUUUGGAUUACUAUGACCUGGAUGACUGAGAACCUUCACCAGCAUACAGCCUUGUGUUUUUAAAGGCCUGUGAGCUACAUCUUCUGUUCAAGGGCUUCUGUUGCUGUUAGAAACCAGAAUGAUGGAAUAAAAAGAACGAACCAGAAGAAAAACGUAAGCAGGAUGAUGAUGAUGAUGAUUUGCUGCUGGCUCUUUAUGUUAUGGAAGAUAAGUUGUGUUUUAAUGAGCUGCUUAUGAUUUAUCUUUUUAUUAUUACCAGGCUCUUUAGAGGAUUUGUAUUACCUUGAAAUGAUUGUACUGAGGCUAUUAUUUGAUAAUUAGAAUCAUUCCCAAAAACAGAACGAACUUAUUAAUAUAUUAAAAUAUGAAACAGUUGCAAAGUAUCUCUCUAAAUAUGCCUGACUAACUGGUUGUGUGGUCCCAAGGACCAGAAAUAAUGGCUGUACCUUCCCGCUGUGCUGUGCUUCAUUGGGUUUGCAAAAUGGUCCAGUGGCUGAACGCAAAUUGAGUUAUUGUCCAACUGGGGAUAGCUACAAAGUGUGUGUCCUCCGUGAUUUAGACAAAUAAAUGAUUUUAUUUUUACAACCUUUGUCCUUUACUUCACUCUUCUACUUAAUGAGUGACAGAGCUGUAAAAAAAUAAUCUUGUUGGUGGUUCUGAACCACCUAAAGUACAGUCCAGCAUGUGAGUCGUGAGUCUUUGUUUCAUUUCCUAAUCAGAAGCAGCAACACGUGCCGGUUCUGUUAAGCAUCUGGACCUUCAGUCGUAGCAGCAGGUGUUUAUUUUUGAGACUGUUGUAAAAGUGUCAGUUGCUGCCUUUUGUGUCUGGCACUUUUCUCCCGGCUGCUCUGUCUUCCUGCUCUCCUAACCCUCGAGGACAUGCUUCUGCAUCUGUUGUGGCUCAAGUCUGCACACACAAGGGGUGAAUCGGGAUAUACAGUACAGGCGGCUAACCAGACAGAAAUUCUCCACAGAGAGUGAAGUGGAAAUACCCCAGUUUGGAUCCUUACCUUCAACUGUUGACCCAAAAUGUGCUCUGAAGACGUUCCAAAGAGGUUGCUCCAGGAACCAGGCCUCAGAUCGUCAGAGUACCACCCACCUCCCUGCUCCCAUGACCCCAACGUAGUGGGAGACGACCCUCCUGAGGGAACCUCAUUGCCACGGCCUGACAGUGUUACAGUUUGGACCCCUGAUGAGGAGAAGACAUCCGAAACCAAACUAGAAAGUCCAUUCCAACCAGAAGGCAUGAAUCCCAUCAUCAACUCUACUUCCAGAGCCAACCUGGCCCUCAUCAGCAAUGCACUGGCAGCUUACACUCACAUAUCAGACCACCCAGAAAGGGCAGCACUUUUCUUCGUCUGCGGCGUGUGUUUGGGCCUCUUCCUCACUCUCUUCGCCCUGGUGGUCCAGAUCUCCUGUCGCACCGACUGCCAGCCCCGUCAGCGUGCCCCAGCGAAGAAGCGAGCACGCCCUGCGGACUCGUCCUCCGACUCCAGCAACUCCGACUCGGAUUGGGAUACCACCUCGGACCUGUCGGCGCAACGGCACAGACGCUUCGAGCGCACGCUAAACAUGAACGUGUUCACGUCGGCGGAGGAGCUGGAGAGGGCGCAGAGGCUAGAGGAACGAGAGCGAAUCAUACGGGAGAUCUGGAUGAACGGACAACCGGACAUCCCCGGGACGCGGAGCCUAAAUCGCUAUUACUGACGACGGCUUGACUUGAACCAAAUCUUGGACUGAAGGGGGAACUCGACAAAUGGUGAACCCUGAAAGGGGUGGACUGGGACAAAUACUCACCCCUGGCAUUUGUCCGUCCUACUGGCCAUUACCUUAGUUCUCCGAGCGAGCGAAAGAACGGUGCUGUAGCCCGCUCGAUCCCUUGAUGGGGGAUCGCCAAGCAGAGGGUGGGAUGGCGGACUGGAUCAGCCCAGCGGGAUGAUGCCCAGUAUGCCAGAUGGCCUCCACCCUGAUGAGGAACAGAGGAAGAUUUAUUUGCAUCAUGUGCUGCACCCCCUUCAUUCAAACAAUAAGCGCCCACUCUACAUGGCAAGCUAGCUCUUACUGCUGGAAGUGAGAGGUGAAAGGCUACACUGACUUGUCGUUGACCUCAGCAGGACUUUUUGAAGUGGGGAUUUAUGGGUUGGCUGCUUUAGACAUACGCAGGCUUGCAGAGACUGAACCAAGGUCUGUUUUAUGCAGAGCAGCUGGAAGAAACUGCUACACUUGGAGCUUUAUGCUCAGUACUUUCCAGUAUUCAGCGUGUGCUUUACCAGAUGGGCAUUUUGAAUGAAACAUGCUUGACAAUGGGUCGAUGUAGGACAAUCAUUCCACAGAGAAUAACCAUGCUGCAUUUUGAGCUUAAUAAAACCAAAAGAUUUUAGUUUUUCUACACGUGUGCAGGGGAUUCAUCUCAACCCUUAUGAAAUAUAUUUUAUAAUAUUUAAUAGUUUAUCUAUGUUUACUUUGUUUUAAGUAUGCUUAAUUAUGAGAUAUUUUUAUACGUGGCAAAGGCUGCCUGGCACCUCAGGGAUGCAAUCCUAGUAUUUCUGGUUGGAUGAUGUGCUCAUCGAGCCAUGAUCGGCUCAAUUAAAUAGGUUUUUCAGCAUUUAAGGAAAUUUUGAAAUAUGAUGUAAAAGGCCUCAAAGAGGAUUUUAGUGAUUUAUAGUUAUUUUUGAUACAGAAAUUCACAGUGCAGUGCCUUUUUUUAGCCAUUAAGUCAUAGUUGUCACCCAUAACUAGUGUUUUUUUAACUGAAAUCACAUUUCUAUUUCUAUUUAUACAACCAUUUUGCUAUGGAAAAGGUGGAGCUUGUGUAAAAUCUCAAUGUUUCUACUGAAUAUUGCACUUGCCAUCUACUCUGUAAAAUUGCAAGAAUAUGCCAAAUUUGUAAAUGUGGUUUUGCUUGAAAUUACUUUUUCUAGUCUUUGAUGAUCAAAGAUUGUGUGAACUUCAGGGCUCCAACAAACCACGGCCUAAUUCCAUAGCUGUCAGUGCUGAACAGAUGCUCAUGGUGAUCACUGCUUGCUGCCAUCUGAAGAAGGAACCAGCACUGAAGAUGAAACGUGCAAGUGCCAGUUUAAUAACAUAAGCUAUAGUCAGAUUCAUUUAAAGGCUUUUAUUGUCUUAAUGGAACAUUUUAAAGCAUUAAGUUUCCCAUCUUCUUGUCUAGACUUGGAGGAAUUUCACAUGUGCUAAUAACAAUGUAAGACUCCUGUGCUUGGAAUAAACUGUUCAAAUUUAAA